CGAGAUCCAACAGUUACUGUGUUUUGUACCAACAAUGUCAUUCCAACAUAUCCAAAAUCUCAUGUGUUUUUUUUCGAGUUUUGACAAGACCAAGCAGGUCCCAUAAACAAAAAAAAAAAACACAGGCGAUUAUUUCGGUUAUCGGCACAAAGAAGUGUCGCCCAGAGUCAGGGCUGACCGAGGCGUCUUGUCGAGCAUAGGUGACGUCAUUUGCUGGAUGUUAUCAGCUGGUAGGCACAGACGGAGUACAAACAGUGACAUGCCUCCUUCGAGAUACCAAGAAGUUUGGCGGGUAUUAGAUGCAUAAUUUUGCAGGAAAGCCAUUUAUUUUUUAUAUGACGCUCUCUAGUCUCAAAGUCAAACGACAGUUUGUUUGAUUUAAAUAUCCGUGAUAAAUACUACUCUUUCUUGUGUCUGUUGCUCAAAACCUCCAUCGCAUACAUUCAGGCGUUUUUGUUUCAUCACGCACACGCAACCAUGCCGACCAACGAACCAAACCUCCAACAUGAAGCUGCCGAACAAGACCUUGGCCGGAGCUCAAACUACAAGCUUCAGCUUGACCAGGCAGCCAAAGAUGCACUAAAGUCCCCGAGUGAAUUAAAAAAAUCGCCCACUCCCCCUGCGAACCCAGUCGUAGAAAAAGUGGCACAAUACAUCCCAGUAGUUGGGAAGCUACUCGGAGGCGAGAAAAACGAGGUCAAAAAGCCUGACCCAGCUCCCGAACAGAUCCCUGGCCCUCCAGAGAGGCCUGUACAUGACAUCCAAAUAGAGGAGUUCGUCCGGGAUCAGCACAGAAGCAGGACCCAAGAUCUGGAGGAUGCCAAAGUUCAAUAAGGGCAAGACGAAACGAAAAUGUACGAUUGCACAUUCAUGUCAACUGAAACAGCUGGUCCC